AUGUCAAAUGCAAUUGAUCUAUUCCACGACUACCUGCAUCACAGCAGUAGCAUAUCUGACCAAAUAGAUGGAAUCAUCCUCCAGAAUGGCCAGACAUUCUACUGCGACCUCGAUUCAGUGACUGAAUUCAGCCCAGUCCUAGCACAGUCAAUCCGCCUAAACUACUCCAAACUGGCCCAGUCUCUUCAGAAGACCUUCGACACCUUCUGCACCGCCCAAUUUGACAAGACAGUGGCCCUCUCGUUCUGCAACAGCGGCGUCCGCCUGAGAAUGCGAGACCUCAGAACCAGCGAGGUCGGCCGCCUGGUCUCGUUCACUGGAACCGUGACACGAACGAGCCAGGUGAAGCCUGAGCUCGUCCGUGCCACCUUCCGGUGCAGAAUGUGCCAGACGGCCAUCCCGUCCAUCGAGCAGCACUGCCACUUCGCUGAGCCGCUCUUCUGCCCCAACAACCUGUGCACGAACAGAAGCCACUUCUCGCUUUUGGUGGAGCAGUGCGAAUUCAGCAACUGGCAGAAAAUAAGCGUACAGGAGCAGACGAACGAAAUUCCAAAGGGGUCUCUUCCGCGAGGCAUCGAAGUCGUCGUCAGGGACGAGCUGUGCGAGCAGAUCAAGUCGGGGGCGCACGUCGAGUUCACCGGCCACGCCGUCUGCGUCCCAGAGGCGCCGAGGACGCAGCUCGGCCGAAGCGUGGCCCUCUCCGAGCUGGCCGGCGAGGGAGGCCGCUGCGGCCGAAAGAGCGCCGUCUCGCGGGAGCUCUGCUUCCGCCUCCUCUUCGUUGCCGUCGCCUUCCGCCCCUGCGAGCCGCAGGAGACGGCAGCCGACUCCGACGGCCUCCUGGCCAAAAUGGCCCUGGUUCCCUCGCUCUACCAGAAAUUGGCCAACUCGCUCUACCCCACGGUCUGUGGCCACCAGAACAUCAAAAGCGCCCUUCUUCUGAUGCUCGUUGGUGGCUGCGCCAAGAAGGCAGACAUCUCCCUCAGGGGAGACAUCAACGUCCUCCUCGUUGGAGACCCAGGAACAGCGAAGUCGCAGUUUCUGAAGCAGACGAGUCGCCUUCUUGGACGAGGAAACUACGCGAGUGGAAAGGGAAGCAGUGCGGCUGGUCUCACUGCUGCCGUGGUCAGGGACGAAUCAGGCGACUACACGGUCGAUGCAGGGGCACUGAUGCUCAGUGACAGGGGUCUCUGUUGCAUCGAUGAGUUCGACAAAAUGACCAGGAGAGACCAAGUUGCGAUUCACGAGGCCAUGGAGCAGCAGACGAUCUCAAUCAGCAAAGCAGGGAUCAAUGCCACUCUCAACGCACGUUGCUCGGUGCUGGCAGCAGCAAAUCCAAUUCGUGGGAGAUACGACACCAGGAAGACACUCAGGGCCAACGUGAAUUUGAGUCCAGCAAUUAUGAGCAGAUUUGAUCUAUAUUUCGUACUGAUUGAUAAGAUAGACAGGGCUGCUGAUCAGGAGAUAAGCAGGUACAUUCUGGAGGUAAACAGUGGUGGUAGUAAUGGUAGUAACAAUAGUAAUAAUAACAUUGCUAGUAAUGGUAGUAGUAACAAUAUUACUAGUAAUGGUGAAAAUGGCAACACUACUACGCCCUUCACCUUCACCAUUGGCGAGGCUGUUGCCUAUAUCAAACAUGUCAAGAACAAUAGGCCAAGAAUAACUAGCAGUGCCAGAGAUGCAUUGGAAUCGAGGUAUAUCAGAAUUAGACAGGAGUCACUGCUCAAUACCAGCAACUACAGAAUGACAGUCAGGCACCUUGAAUCAAUGAUUAGGUUAAGUGAGGCAUUGGCCAAGAUCCACAACAGUGACGUCACAGUGGAGCACGUUGAUGAGGCGUACAGACUCAUCAAGAGCAGUCUGGUAGAAAUCAAGGCAGAAGGAGUCUUGAUAAGCAACAAGUUGAGCAAGAUGCACCUGAGUCUGAGCAAGAAGGAGUACAGUAAGAUAGUAAGCAUGAUAGUCUACUGUAUCAAGAAUGAGGGUGGAAUGAACAGGGGUGAGUUAGUGGUGGAGUAUUUGAGGCAGAUUGAGGAGAAUGUGUCAAGCAGGGAGGAACUGGAAGAGGAGAGGCAUCGAGCAGAGGAAGUGAUUGAGUUCAUGAUGAGCAGUGAAGGAAUACUCUAUGAAAUGGAUGAGAAGAUACACAUUCAUCCAAGUUGUGACAUAUGA